AGACGAAACACCCCUUCCACUCUACCACACUUGGUUUCUUCCCCUGUGAACCCCCCUAUUUAACCAAAUGGACCGCUCCAGCCCAAGUUUGGCUGUUCCUGGUUUGACAGAGGAAGAAGUGCAACAAAGGAGAGAGGUCUCAACCAGAAGUGCCCUCUUGCUAAGCUUCCACAUCUUGGCCAAAAUCCAGGACAGCCCAUCAUUGUCUUUCUAAACCUCUCUGACUGUGCACUGCAACCUGGGGGUCUCCACCAUCAAGUCACCGCUGUGACAAUGAAACCUGAUUUGAAUCUCCUUGUUUUCAUCUUCAUCGGUGUCGAGCUCGCUGUCCCUCUGGAUUAUUGUCCAACUCACUGCCAGUGUGACUGGGACAUCCACGGCGUGUCAUGUUUUGGAGCUGAGGUCAUGCCUGUUUUCCAUUCCAGCACAAAGGAGGUGUGGCUUGUUGGGACAAAACUGUCAUCUCUUCCUCAGAAUGCCUUCGCCAACUUGACCGACAUUUCUCACAUAUACAUCUCUGAUGAUGAGACUUUAAAAUAUCUUGAGAGACAUGCUUUCCACAACUUGUCCAGCGUCACCCACAUACAACUAACUGGUAUCAAAACACUUUCCUACAUUGACCAAGAGGCGUUUAAGGACCUGCCUAAUUUAAAGUACCUUGGGAUCACCAACACAGGUCUCACCUCCUUUCCUGGCCUACAAUAUAUUCAGUCCAGCCAAGAGGAUUUUAUUUUGGAAAUCGUGGAGAAUGCCUUCAUACAAGUCAUACCUGCCAAUUCUUUCUCUGGAAUAUCUGAGAAUGCUCUGACCGUCAUGCUGAAUAGCAAUGGCGUGAGAGAGAUCCAGCGCUAUGCCUUCAAUGGGAGCAGACUGGAGGAAGUGUAUCUUCACAGGAAUGUGGAUUUGGAACAAAUAGAUGAGUUUGCAUUUUAUGGUGUGAUUCACGGCCCAACUUACCUAGAUCUUUCAGAAACCAAAGUUACCUCUUUGCCUUCAAGAGGUAUGGAGACCAUUGAAAAGCUCCAGGCUAAAAACACUUGGGCCCUCAAAGCACUGCCCCCCUUCAGGGCCUUUCUCCAUUUACAGAGUGCUGAAUUGACCUUCCCCAGCCACUGCUGUGGUCUAAAAAUGUUGAAAAGAUGGAGAGGACACCCUGAAGCAGUUAUUUGCAACCUGACCAGGACUGCUUUGGAAACGCUCCAGGAAUCCUCAGCAGCUCUCUCUCAGAGGUAUCUGGGACACAAAAUCUACAAACAUCUGAAAGACAGCUUUGGUCUCACAACUACCGGUACUACAAAUCACAAUCACGACCACAACAGCCCCGGUUGUCCAAAUGAACAGUCUGAAAUUGACAGUCUGUUUUAUGUGGAGUUACCUACAGAGCAUCUUAGUGAAGAUUUUGACUUUGCACUGUGUAAUGAACUUCACAUGGAUAAUCACGGACCCUUGUGCACCCCCCUGCCCAAUGCCCUGAACCCCUGUGAGGAUGUGAUGAGUCAGGGCUUCCUGAGGGUGUUGGUCUGGGUUGUUAGCCUGUUAGCCAUCUCAGCUAACCUCCUGGUGAUGUUCAUCCUGCUGACCAGCCGGCAGAAGCUGUCUGUAACCCGUUUCCUCAUGGGUCACCUGGCGUUUGCAGACUUCUGUAUGGGGAUGUACUUGCUGCUCAUUGCGUCUGUUGACCUCUACACACACUCCCAUUAUUACCACUAUGCUAUUGCUUGGCAAACAGGAAGUGGCUGCAAUCUAGCAGGGACAUUAUCAGUGUUUGCCAGUGAGCUAUCUGUGUACACCUUAACUUUAAUCAGCCUUCAGCGCUGGCACGCCAUCUUCUACGCGAUGAGGCCAGACAGAAUAAUGAGGUUACGCCACGCGGCUGUGCUGAUGCUCAUUGGCUGGUUGCUGUGUGUGGUCCUUGCACUGCUGCCGCUGGUUGGUGUGAGCAGUUACCAGAAAGUGAGCAUCUGCUUACCCAUGGACACUGAGACAACUGCUGCUCAGGCCUAUGUGGUCUCCGUCCUGAUGAUUAAUCUCAUUGCUUUCAUGGUGGUGUGCUUAUGCUACCUCCACAUCUACUGUAUGGUGCACAAUCCCCAGAACCAGUCCAGCAGAUGUGACACCAGCAUGGCCAAACGCAUGGCCGUUCUCAUUUUCACCAGCUUUCUGUGUCUGGCUCCCAUUUGCUUCUAUGGCUUAUCGGCAGCUUUCCACCAACCACUGAUGACUGUCACAGGUUCCAAGGUGCUGCUGGUGCUUUUCUAUCCUCUCAACUCUUGUGUUCACCCAUUUUUUUAUGUCAUCCUGACAAAAGCGUUUCACCGAGACAUCCUGAUGCUGCUGAGCCGGAUGGGGCUGUGCCAGUUGCAGGUCCACCUCUAUUGAAAGCCAGCUGCACUCCCCCCCCGUACAGAAACCACAUCCUAAAAAUGCUGAAAUACGGGAAUCACCAGCCUACAAGUUGCUUUUGAAAUUUGGUUAAUUUACCAUGUAGUAGCCUCCUAGAAUUUUUGAUCCAUUAAUUUCUUGUAUGAGUACACCUGAAUGCCUCAGAUAGAGGUGGUUGAGAGGCAAUAACAGGAAAAGUUUAGACCUCAGUUGUAGAAGAAAGACAGAGUGGAAAUGUGCCUAGAACUACACGGCAAAUGUAAAGAUGAGGAGAACUCCAAGAUAAGAGUGUGAGAAAGUAAAGGCGUCAGUGUGUUGCCCCUGUAGAGGCUGUCGUGUAUGAAAACUCCUUUCCUGUCCAGUGAUUAUGGUAACUUUUCUAAACAGGCUCUUUCACAGUCACGACCACGUAGUGUUCGGUCAGGUUUUUUGGAGGUGUGAAGGGAAGCAGGGACACAGCCAGGACGAGGAUAUGACAGUAGGCUUUCACUCCACCUACGAGUGUGAGACGUGCACCCUGGAUAGGUUUGAUCUUUUCAUUAUAUUUUAUAAUGGUCAUUUUAUAAUUCCUUAUAAUUUUAAAUUCUACAUUCAGCUACACUCAGUUUCUGGUCUGUAUCAUCAACAUCAUCUGUAAAUUUGUCUCUUUACAUGAACACUAGUCCCUGUUAUGUUUUAUUCUGGUCUUGAACAUAACCUGGUUAUAUUAACAUCCCUGUAGAACUCUUAACAUUAUGCAGCUUACUGAUCAUCUGUACAGGUGUGUCUUUGAUGCUUUCAC